CCCUUUGGGGCGAGGUUAAGAUUUGGCCACUCCCCUGUAGGCUGCAACAUGACGGCACUUUAAUUGAGAAAGUAUGCAAUGCCAGAAGAGAGGCCACCACAUACAGUACAAGCCUCCCCGCCCCCUUGUUACACUGCAACCGGGUUCAAUUCGUGGCUGUGUGUUUGAGUGGGUGGGUAGUUGUGAGAGGGCAUCACACAUAUCUCGAAAUAGGGAAAGACGGGCAGAAACAGCACAAGUUUUCGGCCGGCGCGGUGUCAGUAUCCACCUGGUAUAGCUGCAAAGACAAGUUAGCACCACACUAUUUUUAGCCUUGACUCCAGCACCUUGGUCCUCAGGCCUUGAUGACCCUGCUCUCCAAAACAUGAGCAGCAGCGGGCCCACAGAGCCGUCUUCUUCCCGGCCCAGUUCCCCGGAACAGACUGCCGAGCCUCAGCAACGAAGGGGGCGAGGUCGUCCACGCAAGCAGCAGCUGGAGCCUCUCGGACCGCCGACUCCAAAGCGACCAAGAGGAAGACCCAAGGGCAGCAAGAACAAAGGCCCCAAAACCAUACUCAAGAAAGCCGAGCCGUCUGGAGAAAGACGGCCACGUGGGCGACCAAGAAAAUGGCUGCAGAGGGUCGUUGCAAAAGGAAGUGAAGAGCCAAAGUCUCACUCACGCAAAAAAGGGGAAGAAUGACUCGAUGGACUGAGCUUAGCUUGGUCUUCAUCCGGCUGCCUCGGUUUCCUGACAUAACCGACUCUUGUCGAAACUAUAAGUCCUUCUCGUGUUGUUUUGUAUUGAUUCAUUGUUCGGCGAUUGAGUCACAUGACGGUUUCUUUUGCUCUUCUGACGUUUCCCCAGGUGUCCUCUGAGGAAGGGGAGUCGGCGACCUCGCCCGCUUCGUCUCAGGAGGAAGGCCAGUAAUGUGACGUGUCGUCACCCUACCUCGAGGUUUAGCCGUAAGAACACUCCAUUGGAAGGGAAAUGUUGGAAUUAUCAAAAUUUGGUGGAACUUGUCUACCUCGCUGAGAGGUGGAAAGUUACAUUUACCACCUAAGAAAGCCAUUUUCAUUCAAGGGAAAUGUCCAUUAAGGCUGCACAUGUGCAAAAAGUACUAAAAUCAUGUUGGACAAGUGCGUUCAAAUAUUCAUCGGUCAAAUUAAUUCAACUGGAAAGGAUAUGUAGUGCAUUUUUGAGAGAUGUGUAUUUUUACUAUAUCACAGGACAUCACUUAAGAUUAAUUACAAAACUAUACACUGUAAACAAAAAUAAUGAGUGAUCUUAUCUUAUCUUACAAAUGUGUAAAAUGUAGGAUGGUUUAAUUGAAUGCAAAGCUUUUAAUCUGCUAUAUGACCAGCAACAAGCUAAAAGCACACUUUGCUGUCCCAUGGAAGAGCUCAUUGUUUUUUUUUACCCUAUUUAUAUAGUUUUGUUACUUUUCCCAAUUAUUCAUAAAAGUUAUUCAUUAUUUUAGAAUUUGCUCCCCAUUCCAACUAGAUGUGUAUUAUUUUGACUGGGCAGGGACAAAGAGGGCUAAAAUUAAUUUCUUCGUAAAUAUUAUGCAGCCCUUAAUUUACCUGUUUAAAUCCAAUAAGACUGUCACUAAAUUGUCCAUUAAAAAAGAAGUUGAGACAUUUUGAAUAUAUAAAGCAACAAGUGUUGUGUGACACUCAGGACUUUACGCCAGUGCUUCUUUUUCUUACCACCAUGAUGAAACCUCAGGUACAAUGUAAAGACCUCACAGAAACCACAGUUACCUCAAGAAAAACUGGAUUUGCUCAAAUUGAAAUGUGACUUUGUUCUCCUGUUAAAAUGCAGCGAAUGCAAAAAAAAACAGCCUGAUAAAAAAUAUUCUUAAGAUGUACUUUCUUAUUAAAUAUUGACCCGUCUUUUUUACCAUCGUUUUUUUUAACAGUAUGUGAGCACAACCUCCAUUGCCAAUUAUCUAAAAAAAAAAAAAAUUUAGGCUAAUUAUUUUUUAUCGUAGGUGUGUGGUGUUUUGUGGAAGAUCGGUAUGAUGAAUGAAAACAACUUCUACCUUUUUGGGACAUUGACUGGAGAAUGUUAUAAGAUGUCAACUUGUUAUUUUUAUAUGAUCUGGUCCAUGUGUUAUGCGAUUGUAUUGGUGUUGUGAUGGAUUUACAUGCGAUAAUGUGUUAAAACAUCUUUUUAUG